UACUCGAAACGACAGAUCGAUAAUUGACGGGGUGAAUCAGCAGAAGGCGCCACGCGCACCGAGAACAGCACACCGAGCCACCGCCAGAGGGUUCUACUAGUACCAAAACAAAGAAAUAAAUCGAGAAUCAUGGAAGAAAUUAUGAUUGCACUUAAAAAUAUACAAAAAGAACUUGAUGAACAAAAAUCUGAGAUUCGUAAAAGUGCAGAUAAGGUAACAGAACGGGUUACACAGAAUAUUAACAAAAUAUUGGAAGAAAAAUUUUUGAAGCUGCAAGACCAACAUGAUAAACUGAAGGAGAAGGUAGAAAAUCAAGAGAAAAGAAUAUACUUUUUAGAAAAACAGGCAAGACAACGAAAUGUUGUAUUUUUUGGUAUUGAAGAAAAAGAAUCAUCAUAUGAUAACCUUCAAAACAAUAUUGUCAGCUUUAUAAAAAAAUACUUUAACACUGACAUAGAACUCAGAGAUAUUCAAGAGGUAAGACGAGUUGGGAAAAAAGGAGACAGACCUCGUCCUAUAAUUGUGAUCUUUUCAACUCUUGGAAUAAAAAUUAAUAUUAUGAAGAACAAAGGGCUACUAAAAGACACACAAUACUAUUUGAAAGAAGACUACCCCUUACAAGUUUUAAAAAAACGAAGAGAGCUACUAGAACAGGCGAAAAUAGAAAAAGAGAAAGGUAACGAUGUGAGAAUAAAAUAUGACAAGUUGGUUAUACUAAAAUCUAAUAACAAAAGAUCACUCCCAACAUCACCAGAAAACACACUAACAGCAGAAUGCCAGUCGAAAAAUAAUACCAACACACAAGCCCAUAAAAAGAAUCGAACGCAGAAAUCAAAUAAACCAGUACAAAGGUCAAACAGCUUAUCCGAAGGGGGCAUAAAGCCGAGCAUGCUCAACUUUUUGGUAAACAAAAAUAUCAACAACACAACAACAGAGCAAAAAAAUGAUGAGAAGACAAGCAGCAUAUAGCAAUCAAUCCAUCCCU